AUCGGAGGCUUCAGAAUGAAACUGUUGGUAUUCGCCAUUGUUCUCGGAGUCGUGGCUUCGGUCACGGCCAAACCGAGUCCUCGUCAGUUCAGCAUGGAAGAAUUCGCCAGGUUGACGGAGGAAUUCCGGGAACGUUUCGACGAUUUGCAUGAGGAGAAGGACCGAUUCGUAUCAUUGGUUCGUAUCAUUGCUCGGGGAGAAUUGAACCUUUUGAACCGUGCUGUGCUCGAAAACCUUGGCAAUGCCUGGAGUGAUAUUGAACACGAGUUUGACGACACUAGAGCUACAAUUGCCGAAAGGAUCCUCGACCCGAACGCAGAUGAAGACUGUCUGCUCGGAUUGGUCUCGGAGUUGGUUGCUGAACAGGUCCGUGCUGGCAGUGCCAUGAGCUCUUGCGCCGCUGAUAAGUACGAUGUCAAAUCGACAAUCGCCGAUGAGAUGCGUGCGCUGGCAAAUAUUCUGCAACGUAUUUCUACCGCAGCUGCCGAGUACACUCUGUACUCGUACGCUACCCACAACUCCUUCACAGACGCUGAAGACCAACUCGAAUGGUUGGAGCAAAACUUCCAGAAUCAGGAAAACUUCUGGAAUGAUGUCGCUCGCCCGGAAGCCCAAGAGGACGUAGACAACCUGGAACUGAAUCGUCCAAUUUUGGUAGAGGAAAACCGUCUGUGCUUGGAGCGUAUCAUAGCCGACAUGGCACUCGUCGAAAGAAACGUUAACAAUCGCAUUCAACAGUGCAUCGGUGCUUAACACUUUUGCUGCUUAACAAAGAUCAAUAAAACAGUAUUUUAUGUCUCCGUACCUCGGUGUGACCAUUUCAUCAACAAUUAAAGAUGACGUCACAUGCAUCCAAUCAAUCAAUAAAAAUUGAUAUUGACCAUACUGCUAGAAAUAAAAAGACGAAACAUUUUCGA